CGACCGUAGAUUCAACGUACAGUGUUGUUAGUUUAUGUCACGCUCCGGUCAUCACUAUAACUUACGGUCAUCGUCUCGCUCGGGGUCGAAAUCUACACUGCCGGGGGCAGUUCAGCUUCCAAGGCACAUCGCCAUGUCAACGGUGUCGGACGCAUUGGACGCGGCAGUGGCCGUCACAGCGGCAGCUACAGCGGCAGCGGGCCGUCUUGACGCAAUCGAGCAAGGUCAAAUCCAGAUGACGUCUCAGUUGGCCGGCAUUGCCCAGCAGCUUCAGACAUUACUCGGCGGUGGCGCUAGUGGCAGCGGCAGUAGCAGUGGCACUGGAGGUGGGGGCAGUGGUGGUGGCGCUGGUGGUGGUGGAGGUAGCGGUAGCGCUGGAGGCGGUGGCAGUGGUGGUGGCGCUGGCGGUGGUGUCACGCAGCGGCGCCGGAUCGAACCCAUCAGGCUUGGAGAAACUACAUGUUGA